AUGCACCUCUCCGCCCACAAUUGGAUGCACCCGGAGCCCCUGGAGAAUACCCUCGCCCGCCUCUCCCGCCACGGCUACCAAAGCAUACAGCUCUCAGGAGAACCACAAAAAUACGAAUCCCUCUCCAAAACCCGCAACCUUCUCGCCCAACACAAAAUUCACUGCCAUGGCACCGUAACCCUCAUGUUCGGCCGAAGACGCAACUUGAUAAGCCCAGAUGCCUCUAUCCGCGCAGAAACAAUCGCAUACACCAAGUCUCUCACCCAACUGGCCGCUGACCUAGGAGGUUCCAUCAUCUGCGUAAUUCCCUCCGGAGUCGGGAUCCGCACACCCUUAUCUUCGCCAGAAGAAGAAUGGUCCUGGGCUAUCACAGGCUUGCGCGAAAUCUGCGCUUUCGCAGCAGAAAGGAACAUACGUGUAGCAAUUGAGCCGCAGAAUCGGUUCGAGACAUACUUUCUGAAUAGAAUCGAUCAGACUUUAGCGUUAGUGGAACAGAUAGGAUCGGGGAAUUGUGGAGUAGCGUUUGAUCCGUUCCAUCUAGCGAUUGAGGAGAAGAAUGUGUAUGAAUCCUUGAGAGCUUGUGGGAGCAAGUUGGUGGAUUUUCAUGUUUCAGAGAACAAUAGGCAAGCACCGGGCGAUGGAUAUUUUGACUGGGGGGAGUUUGUGAGGAUUUUGUGCGAGAUUGGGUAUGGAGGGGCGUUGACAUUUGAGUGCAUGCCAAAGCCGGAUCGCAUUCUUCAUCGGAUCACAAAUCACAUGCAAGGUGUUGAAAGAGAACAGCCGGAGCGGUUGAAGGAAGUAUCAAAGGAGGAAAUUGAGGCGGUCAAAUUCCACGCAGCAGGGGUCAUGACAGACGGCUUCUUUGAGGGACUGGUGGAAAAGACGGCAAACGUUCUUCUGCCAUUGAUCAAUAGUCGAGGGGACUAG